AUGGGCGUGGAGGACAAUGAUCAGGGAGGACUCAAUCUUAAGGAUGUUUUAUACGUUGUCAAGGGUCACAUUCCACCGAAUUAUAAGUUCAAUCCUGCCACACCAAUUGAUGAAGGAAGCAAAUAUUUCAGGUCAGAACCAAAAGAUAAAGAGAGAAUUCAGUGUGUGUUUUUUGUAAUAGAAGCUACUGUCGCCGGGAAUGACAAUAUUUCGGAUGCAAGAAGAAGAAAAAUAAAAGAACUACAAAUAGAGUUAAAGGCUCUCGACAUCCCACGAAUAGUGUUAUUAACUAAGAUCGAUGUGCUCUGUGAAUUUGUUGAUGAAGAUAUAGAGAAUACAUACGAAAGUGAAAAAGUUAAAGAUGCUGUACAUGUGGCGAGGGAAUUAUACAAGGUUCCGGAGCAUUGUAUUUUUCCUGUCAAAAACUAUGAACGUGAGGUUGAGGCGGACUACAAGAAAGAAAUAUUGCAUCUUUUAGCUCUCAGGCAAAUGAUUUACUUUGGAACAGAUUUUCUCAACUCUGUAUCCACAUCCACAAGUGAUGAUGAAACACCUUAGAAAAAUAAAAGGGGACAAAAAAAACUUAAAAGGGACAAACUAGACUCGAAAAACAUUUUCUACAUCUAAUUUUUACAGAUUUAUGUCUUUGAUAUGUUAUCUUUAUAUGACUUAACUCACUAUUACCCUCAAUUUUAAGGUAGUACACCUAGGAUGAUGUCAAAUCAAAUCGUUUAGAUAAAGAAUACUCAAU